GCCACUUUUUCGGAAUUUUAGUCUUUGUGUGUAUGUGGGGGAAGGUGGUUAUAAAUGGAUUAUCUUAGUGUACGUCACACUGCAACAUACUUCCUCGUCUCAGAUGAAGCUCAUGAUUCAUUAAAGGAGUCCAGCACAAGCGGGGCUAGAAUUUGCGAUUGCGCUGCUGCGCCACUUGAAUGACGUAAUUUCUCUCAGUCUCGUUCACACUGUGCGUGUGUAUGUGUUACCUAGGCACUGAGCUUGAGGGACUGGAAGUAUACUAAGUUUGGUAGACGUGCCCAAUUAAGUUGGAUAUAAUGGUUGGAAAUGCAAGAACAGUUGUCAAUGCAGAUGUGGAGAACGUCGCAGCAAUAUCAAAUAACCAAGACUGUGCAACAUCAGAGGAUGAGCAGCCUCUUAUUUCAGAGCGCGGAGUCUUCUCACGUCUGCCCGGCAUUCGCGUACUCCUUGUUUGGAUCUUGGUAAUAAUUCUGCUUGGUGGUGCCGGGGUCGGAGCUUUUCUGCUAAUAGGAAUGAGUGGUAGGAGUGGGAGUGCUUCGGACACGCCCUUCCGUCUUGUAAAUCGCUCGGCAUGGCGAGCUAGGGUGCCUAAGGAUACCACGCCAUUUCCACGCCCUCCAGCCAUUUAUGCAGUUAUCAUCCACACUGAAGGUGUCCCCUGUGAUUCCGAAGCAGUGUGUUCGGCUGUUGUUCGUGAGAUACAGCAUUUUCACAUGGAUACGAGGAAGUUCAGCGACAUCGCUUACAACUUCUUGGUAGGAGGUGAUAGCGAAACGUACGAGGGACGCGGCUGGGACAUGCAAGGGGCUUUCGCAAAGGAUUUCAACAACAGGUCUCUUGGGAUAGCAUUCAUAGGGACUUUUGAUACACGAACACCGCCUAAACAACAGCUGGAAGAAGCACAAGCGCUCCUCGAAGUAUCAGUGAAGAAUAAGAAGUUAUCGAGGGAUUACAUCCUGGUGGGGCAUCGGCAGGUAUCAAAUACUGACAGUCCAGGGGAGGCCCUCUUCGAAAUUUUGAAAACAUGGCCACACUGGAAGGACUGCUUCAUGUCAUCUUGUUGAAGAAGUCUUGCAACCACCUGUUCAUCUGUUGCAGUAAUGAGCCCUGUGGUAUAUCUCCAGACAUAAAGCACUCUUCGUGAUGACUGACUUCUAAAAAGGGAAGACAAAAGGGGAAAUCGUUAAAAUUAGUUUAAUUUUGCCCUAUAAACGUAGAAUCAAGGAUGUUCACCAUUGCAUUCAUAACAGAUCUCUUAUUACACACAUACACACACAAACUUACGCAUACAUACACAUAAUCUUUAAUAAAAAAAUUGAAUGAACGUGUAACCUAUUCCACAAUAAUAUUAAGAAUACUAUCGUAUUGAAUGUAACGCCGUUCAGUCUGGUGAAAGUUUACGGUAAUUUCGCAGGGAUGUACAGCCUCCAUCUUCAUGAUCGAAUAGUAAUCUAAGCAAGCAGAGUAAAUUGCUUGCAGCUUGCUUGACGUACUCUACUACCUUGAAAAUGGAGGCUGUACAUUCUGCGAAAUAUGAGUAAAUUUCUACCAGACUACACGACCUCGUAUCACACUCUACAUAGUCACUGUCGCGAGAGUAUCAAAUUUAACAUACAAUAAUACGCUCACCAUGUAUUCAUAUCAUGUUUGUUCCUUCUCUGUCGUAAUUACAGCAUCACAAUGACACAGUCUCACUUUGUGAACGUUCAGUUCAUGAAGUUUCGCAGUAGAAAUAUUUAUCAUUAGCUAUGGUUGUUUGUUUUAUAUCAGAAUAUAUUGCCCUUUAUCACGAUUUAAUGUGCGCAUGAACAUACUUCACGUGUAUUUCAAUUACGGAUGUUCAUUUCAAAAUACAUAAGCCUAUUUUUUUUUCGUUAUAAUAAAUAAAUACCUUCACAUACACUUACUACCUGGAAUUAUUUGAUGCUCAGACACGAAUCUCUCGACAUAUCCAUCGAAAGGAAAGCGUGCUGCUUGCUUAAACUCUUUCCUCUCGUGUUCGGGCCCGGAGCGCAGUCAAGCAUACACGUACAAAACCCACCCCACAUCACAGCAGACGCCGGAAAUGGCACGCAUUCCUUGCACCACUGUAAAAUAUUCACACCGACAAGUUGAAGCUUCCUUUCCGAAAUCGAUGGAAAACAAAAGGAGAUUUGACGGUUUAUGAUAUUAAAUUUCAUAGAAAUUCCCUCCGUAUUUUGAAUGUGAAAGAAGUGGACAGUUGGAUAAAGCUAUCGUUUCUAUAUUAAAGACCUACUCGGGCUGUGCAACAGUUCCCGAGGCACCAUCGUCGUAAGAAAUGUCAAAUUCUCCGUUGAUUGGUUCUUGUAGCAGGAACUGCAGCUUUUACUGUCCUUUAAAGGAGGAACACCAGAUGCUGUUCCGCGCAUGUGUAUACACGGCUUGUCACUUCCGCCUGUUGCUAAGCGUAAUGCCUGGCUCACAGAGCCGCGCCAAUUCUUUGUUUGUUUGGUGACGAACCGUAAGACUAUCCAAGCUGCUUUCUGAUUACUCAGCUACGGAAAUACUAGUUACCAGCAUUUUUGGCCGC